AUGGCCUUCAAUGACCUCCUGAAACAGGUGGGGGGCGUCGGACGCUUCCAGCUGAUCCAAGUCACCAUGGUGGUUGUUCCCCUGCUGCUGAUGGCUUCCCACAACACCUUGCAGAACUUCACUGCCGCUAUUCCCACUCACCACUGCCGCCCACCUGCCAAUGCCAACCUCAGCAAAGAUAGAGGUCUGGAGGCCUGGCUGCCCCUGGACAAGCAAGGACGACCCAAAUCUUGCCUCCGCUUUACUUCUGCCCAGUGGGGACCACCCUUUCAUAACGGCACAGAGGCCAAUGGCACCGGAGUCACAGAGCCCUGCAUUGAUGGCUGGGUCUAUGACAACAGCACCUUCCCUUCAACCAUCGUGACUGAGUGGAACCUUGUGUGCUCUCAUCGGGCCUUCCGCCAGCUGGCCCAGUCUCUGUACAUGGUGGGAGUGCUGCUGGGAGCCAUGAUGUUUGGCUACCUGGCAGACAGGCUGGGCCGUCGGAAGGUGCUGAUCUUGAACUACCUGCAAACAGCUGUGUCGGGAACCUGUGCUGCGUAUGCACCCAACUACACUGUCUACUGCAUUUUCCGGCUCCUCUCGGGCAUGUCUUUGGCUAGCAUUGCAAUCAACUGCAUGACACUAAAUGUGGAAUGGAUGCCUAUUCACACGCGUGCCUAUGUGGGCACCUUGAUUGGCUAUGUCUACAGCUUGGGCCAGUUCCUCCUGGCUGGUAUCGCCUAUGCUGUGCCCCACUGGCGCCACCUGCAGCUUGUGGUCUCUGUGCCUUUUUUCAUUGCCUUCAUCUACUCUUGGUUCUUCAUUGAGUCAGCCCGCUGGUACUCCUCCUCAGGAAGGCUGGACCUCACCCUCCGAGCUCUGCAGAAAGUGGCCAAGAUCAACGGGAAACAAGAAGAGGGAGCUAAGCUGAGUAUAGAGGUGCUCCGGACCAGCCUGCAGAAGGAACUGACUCUGGGCAAAGGCCAGGCCUCAGCCAUGGAGCUGCUGCGCUGCCCCACCCUUCGACACCUCUUCCUCUGCCUCUCCAUGCUAUGGUUUGCCACCAGCUUUGCCUACUACGGGCUGGUCAUGGACCUGCAGGGCUUUGGGGUCAGCAUGUACCUUAUCCAGGUGAUUUUUGGCGCUGUGGACCUGCCUGCCAAGUUUGUGUGCUUCCUAGUCAUCAACUCCAUGGGCCGCCGGCCUGCGCAGUUGGCCUCCCUGCUGCUGGCAGGCAUCUGCAUCCUAGUGAAUGGCAUAAUACCGAAGGACCAUACAAUCAUUCGCACAUCCCUGGCUGUGCUAGGGAAGGGCUGCCUGGCUGCCUCUUUCAACUGCAUCUUCCUGUACACUGGAGAGCUGUACCCCACAGUGAUUCGGCAGACAGGCCUGGGCAUGGGCAGCACCAUGGCCCGGGUGGGCAGCAUCGUGAGCCCACUGGUGAGCAUGACUGCAGAGUUCUACCCCUCCAUGCCUCUCUUCAUCUUUGGCGCUGUCCCCGUGAUCGCCAGUGCUGUCACUGCCCUGCUGCCAGAGACCUUGGGCCAGCCGCUGCCAGACACAGUGCAGGACCUGAAGAGCAGGGGGGAGGCUGCCCCAUCUCAGACCCAAACAGGAGGCUGCAAACACAAAUAUCUGCCUUCCUUCCCCAGGAGCAGAGGAAAACAGAAGCAACAGCAGCAGGAACAGCAGAAGCAGAUGAUGCCACUCCAGGCCUCAACACAAGAGAAGAAUGGACUCUGAAAACGGAAGGGGCUAAACGCAGCACAAAAGGGAGUGGGGUUCUACAGGUCCUGCCAUCUACAUGAGGAGGGGGAGUAAGUGGAGGGACUGAACCAUCCAAAUGAGGAAGCUGCCAUUCAGAGAAAUGCCUCCCAAAGGUCACUUCAGUAGACCUACUAGGAACAAAAGCUCUGACUGUGUGCAGCUUCUUAAGCAAAAUGUGUUCUUCAUCAGCCAUCAUCCAGCCCAGUGGUCACUCCUCCAGCUCCAGUCCCCUCC